CGAGGAGCUGGCAGCCGGCGCCCCCGGUCCAGCCCGCGCCCCCGGACUCCGGAGGAACCCGGACCUCGAAACUCUCGAUCCCGAACCCCAGGAUUCCGGAUUCGUCCCCCGGAGCCCGCGCCGGGCAGACGCCGCGAUGCCAGGCCCUUGGUUGCUGCUCGCCCUGGCUUUGACUCUGACUCUGACCGGUGUCCCCGGCGGCCGCUCCCAGCCCGAGGCGACCCAGCAGGAGGCGGCGACGGCUGUGGAGCGACCCGGCCUGGACGACCUCCUGCGCCAGGCAGGGCGCCUUCUCCUCCUCCGCGAAGACCUCCAGAGGCUGCGAGCCGACCAGGGCCAGCACGACACAGAACCCCAGAGCCUUCAACCUGAUUGGCUCUAUAAGCGUCAGCAUCCAGGCAAAAGGGAGGAAGAGGAGGCAGAAGAGGGAGCUGAAGAGGAGGAGGAAGAAGAAGGGGGAGCUGGGGGACCCCACAAGCGGCAGCACCCUGGCCGUCGGGAGGAUGAGUCUUCGUGGUCAUUUGAUGUAACCCAGCACAAGCGGCAACACCCCGGCCGGCGGUCCCCCUGGCUGGGGUACGCCGUCACCAAGAGGCAGCACCCGGGCAGGUGGACCUUGGAUCCCAAGGCCCAAAGGAGCUGGGAAGAGGAGGAGGAGGAUGUGGACGGAGAGGUGAUGCCUGAGAAACGCCAGCAUCCGGGCAAGAGGACCCCGGGAGGCCCAUGUGGCCCCCAGGUAGCCUGUGGCCAAGCAGGCUUCCUGCUCGGGCUCCUGGAUGACCUGAGCCAGAGCCACGGAGCUGAGGAGAAGCGGCAGCACCCUGGGCGGCGGGCGGCCUGGGCUAGGGAGCCCCUGGAGGAGUGAGCCCAAUUCCCUGUAAAGUCAAGUUUGGGGUCUGAGAAUGUCCUGAGCCCUUUGUGCCCUAGCCUUUCAUGACCCCCAUCUUCACCCUUCCCCAGAGAACCUUGUGUCUGCACAUGUCCAGGCCCCUGGCCUUGCCCCCUUCCUUCAGGGACAUGAGAAAGCCAGCCCGUGAGUUAAAAUCCCAAAUUAACCCCACUUUGCACAGCUGCCAAAGGGAAGAUCCCAGAGACUCCCCCACUCCCCACCCCGACCUAUCCCCUUCCUUAGCUCUGGCUAAGAUGGUCCUUUUGUGUCUUCUAAGGAAUCUCCAGUGUUGGGUAGGGUGUUUCUGGGAUGAGCCACCAGUGAGGGCUGGAGUGGGAUUGAAGCUGUGAUGCCCAAAUCCAGCUUCCUUGCCCUGCCCCAUCUGGCCGGAUUUGCCAUGUGUUAAGCUCACCCUCAGGACCGAAGAUCUCCCCCAUUUUGGGGGUCCCUUGUGGGAGAAUCUGCAGCUGUGUCUGGUUGGGGGAAACAUAUGUAGGUACAGAUGUCCGCUGGUGCUGUGCUGUGUGGUGGCUGUGGGAAUAAAUGUGUGUAAAUAGGAAUAUUGUUAACAUUGCCCUGGAAGCGGUGGCUUGUAUAUAACCCUCUAGGCACC